AGAGAGAGAGAGAGAGAGAGCAAGGGUUAAAUAAACCAAUAUGAACAAGUUGGAUUCACACUUUCUUUUCUUUAAAUAAACCAAGCUUGGGUUAACCUAAAGAGUUACAAUGUAACUAGGGUUAAUAUGUGGGUUGUCUGUUAUCUCAUUGGCAAAAGCAAAGGGUUGGGCAAAAGGCUGUGGGUAAGGGAACAAAGACCUGACAAUUUGGUUUUGGUUCUUUGAAUUUAUCCAACACUAUGGGCUCACGGCCACCUUCAAAAAGACAAAUGAAUUAAUACAGACGUUAAACAUCAUGAAUCAACUUUCACUUUUGUAAUAUUUUUACUAAAAUAACACGCAAAAUAUUAGGAGGUCACUUAACUUCUAAUUUUUUAGUUGUUCAAUACAACUGUUAUAUCAUAACUACAAAGUCUACAACUAAGGUUGAGAUCAAACUAUUUUCGACCCACAUUAUCUUGCCCAAAUGGGAGAGAGUGAUAAUAUUUUAACACUUUCAAGUAAAGAGAUGACAGGCCUCCAUAUUUGUGAUCCAGUCCAAGACAAUGGACCACAAAAUUGUUGUUGCUUUUAUAAGCCUGCUCCUUUUAUUAUAGAUUGUUAUUGAAUUCUGAAAUCAAUUUCUCGUCUUGUUCUCAGGUUGAAAAUAGGUCUAGUUUGACGUUUCCGUACACGUUACAGCGUAACAACUUGUAGCAUAAAAUAUAUACACACUAAAGCAACUACAGGAUCGGCUUAAAACAUGAUAUUGAUAUAAAAUGAAUUUGGAUCAUGAUGCCUCAACACACGCACUUUGAAGAUAACUCAAACACAUUUAAGAUAUUUGAAUGAAAGAUAUUUUAAAAUUAUGUCAUAUAUACGCCUCUUUGGAUUUUAUAACUUGAAGUAUCGAGAUUCUGCAAUCCCCUUUUGUCUUCAUAAGCUUUUAUGUCAAUCUUACUUGUAACCCAUAAAUGUGUAAGACUUUUUAGCCCAAAAUUUUGAUGAAUGUAUUACCGCUAGCGCAUUAGCCAGCUUGGUGGGUUGAAGUUAUACCUGAAAAUGUAGUUUUAAACAAUUAAAUGAAAAAUUUAUAUCAAACAAUUUUUUUUUAAAAAAAAAAUCAUCAACUUGUUACUCAAUAUAGGAUACUAGUAGUAUUUACAAUUAAUCAUUUGACCUCAAGGAAAGUCAGUAAUAGCUUCUGUGAUUCUUCUAUUGUCACGAUCAUUAGGAUUGUUGAGCUAUACAAACCACUUAUCAACUUGUGUGUGUUCUGUGGGCUUGUUUGUUAGUUUCUUGUCUGAAUCAAGGAAAAGGCAAUCGUACGAUGUACAUUCUGACCUUAAAUCAUUGAUUAGUUUGACCCUAACGAAGAGACAGACUAUUCGUGUAAAUGCAUUGAACAUGUGGAUAGACAUUAGCAUCUAAACGAAGCACAAUCUAGUGGAUUAGACUAUUUCAUUAAACAAGUGGGGAAAUAAUUUACUAAUAAAAAUGCAAUAUUAACGAACUUUUCUUAUAGCCCAAGUUGACAAAAUGUUGCCAAUUUAAAACUUUAAGCUAAUCAAAAAGUCAAAAAAUAAUUAACCUUUUGAAGUUUAUUCGAGACAACUUUAACUUGUUUCUGCUCUACUCUCCAAGUAUAUAUAAAUAAAUGCAGUCUUCGUAUUUGAUAUCUAUAGCAUAAACCUUCAUACUAACAAAAAACUUAUUACCUUUGCAAUCAGCAGUUAAUUCCAUCCAACGGUUCCGUUUCGAAUGAACGAUGGCGCGAGUCCAAGGUUUUAUUUCUCACCGUUGGAUCAUCUUUCAGUUAAUCACAGUCCUCCACGUGGCUAAUGCACAAUCGCUCCCGCCACCGAGUCAGGACGAGUUGCAACCGGGUCACGCACCGUCUAAGACCACCGUCUUCGGCGUUCUCAUCGCCGCGUUUUUCUUCUUCGGGUUACUAUCCGUCUACAUCCGCCACUGCACGCGAGCUAUGCCCGGACACUCCUACACAAACUCCCGCCGCCGCGCUUUCGAGGGAUGUUCACGGCGAGGCGGACUUGAAGACGCGGUGGUUGAGAGCUUCCCUGUCUUCGCUUACUCCUCCGUUAAGGAGUCGAAGAUCGGAGCCGGUGAUCUCGAAUGCGCGAUUUGCCUUAACGAGUUAGAGGAUCGCGAGACGGUUCGGUUACUUCCGGUUUGCAAUCACCUCUUCCACGUUGAUUGUAUUGACGCUUGGCUUUACUCGCACGCGACUUGUCCGGUUUGCAGAUUCAAUCUAACUGCUAAACCGGUUAAAACCGGAUCGGAAGCUCCGGUUAGUGAUCACGUCGUGAUUGAUAUUAGGGGAGAUUCGGAGGCCGAUGAGGAGGAAGAGAAAAGCCACCACCGGCGGCCGAGUUCUGAGAUCGUCGGUAAGUUUCCGCGGUCGAAUUCCACCGGUCACUCGAUGGGGAGACUCAGUGAUGGCACCGAGAGGUUUACUCUACGGUUGCCGGAGGACGUGAGGAGGCGGAUAAUGGCGGCGAAAGGACGUAGGCUGAAACGAACGAGAAGCUUUGAUGCUGAUUUGAUGGAUAGCGGGUACGUAGUCGGGUCGGGUGGAAAAUCGGAUCGGGUUAGCUGGGCGGAUAGAUGGGGUUUGUUUGUUUCAAAGUCAAACUCGGGUUCCGUUAGAUCACCUAACGGCGAUUCGUUGACGUGAGGAAUGUUAUAGUUUGCCUGCCGUUAACCACGCACUGGAGUGGUCAGGUGUGUUUCUUUGGUUAUACAAUUGGUGGUGAAUACUGAAUAUUAAAUUGUUGAUGAAUAUUUCAUUGACUUUUAGGUUUGUUUCAUGUGCUUUGUACACUAAAAUGGUCCAGCUUGUUUAGUAACUCGCUAAACAAGUUUUCUAAAUUUUGUAAGUGCUUGUAAUAUUUGAUUAAUGAAGACACUGUUUAAGUUUUUGUGUCAUUAUGUUGGUUUUACAUAUGGACUGGUUCCUAACUUGUCGCGAGAGAGGCAUUGAUGUGUAAGCAAUGAUAGAAUGCAUUUUAUGGUUUGUAUUGAAAACAUGAUCGCCAAUUACAUGAAUCAUACACUGAUGAGUGAUGUAUAUAGACAAAAUAAAUAUGUUUUAACUUUACCAAUUAUAUAAAUGAUUUGCUUGAUGAUAUAUGUCAGCUAUAGACGGUUAGUUAACACUUAACAUCAUCACUACCAUUUAAAUAGCUAGAACAGUGUAUUAAACGUUAGAAUCCAGUAUAAUCCAUUUAAAAAUCUGUUAACCAAUUAAAAAUAACACAACCCGGCCCAGUCAUAAUAACCUACCGACCCAACCAAUUUCUUUCUUGAUCUUUCUCUAUCUCUACCCAGCUAUUGAUCACCAAUUCUUUAUUAGUUUUGUAGGCAAGUGGUUCUAAUUAUCAUUUAGUCGGGGUAACAUUUGUUUACGUCUUCAAUAUGACCUUAAUGAUCUUAUAUAAAGAGUUCUUCUUUUUGUUUUUUCUAUACCAACUUCUUAACUAAAAUAUAAAAUUUAAGUGUCUCUACCAUGCGCCAGAAGCUAAUAUCAUUUCACAAUUAUUUUAUUAAUUUCACGUUUCUUAAACUAUUAUGACAAAUACUUGACUAUAGAAAGAAAAAAAACUAUUCUGAUCGUUAUUGUAGCUGACUAAAGUAGCUUGUUCGUUCGUACAAGAUUGUUAAUUUAUAUGAAAAGAAAUUACACAUAUAACAAAGUUUUCUCACAAGUUGAAGGAAACAAAUAUAGAAAAUUUCUUAACAGUUUUCAUAACACUCUGACCAUAAGCACUUUAGUAUAUUACCUUUUCCUCCUGUCGAAAAUCUGUUUUUGCCUUUUUAUUGGAUUAGAAAAACCUAAUGAGUGAGAAAAAAAUAUCAGAAAUGUUCUACUCGAACUUGCAUUUUAAAACUAAGUCAAAUGAA